AUGCAUUUCAAGCAGCUCUUCCUCGAGGCCAUGAUGGAGACGUACAAGAACGCUGAGGAGAUUCGCAUCUACGAGGAUCGACCCAAGCACGUCAAGGGCUUCCGCGACUUCAUGGCCGACUACAACCGCCGCCAGAAUGGUCCCACGCCGCACCUGCGCACCCGCGGCCCCAUCAACGCCGAGGUCGUCCAGGUCGCCGACAUGACGACGACGCUUGACCCCGUCGCUGAGGUCGCUGAGGUUCAGCACAUGAUCAACCUGCACAACGAAGCCGUCUCCAAACCUCAGCAGCAAGCACAACCGCCGCACAUGCGUCCCAAGCGCCUCGUCAUCAAAAAGACCGUCUUCUUCACCGGCUACAUGCUCGACAAGCAGGACACGACCGAGCUCAUCAAGAUAGCCAAGGCCCAGAUCCCCGCCGGUAUGCCUGACCACGAGCUCAAGUUCCACGCCAACAACAUUCUCAUCUGUCCCCGUCCCUGCCCGGCCUCCAUCCUCGAUAAGGUCGGCGGCAUGGGCGCCAAGAUGAAGUGGGAAGUCACCGGCACCGCCUGCUACGAGAACUCUAUAUGGGCCGCCUGCCUGCGCCCCCUGCCCCCCAACGCAAAGUUCCACACCGACAACCCAUCGCCGUUGGUUGUGCUCGCUCUGCGCAAGGGCGCACGCCCUGUCGACGCCGGCAAGAUCCAGAACUGGCAACCCGUCUCCGCCGACCGCGCUCUCAGCUUUGAGACGACGGUGGGCGAAAAGGUCAUUCUGCGCAUCGAGGCCGAGGACCCUCGCGAGGACGAGUACGAGUCGCUGUUCGCCAACAAGGGCGCCAAGAGGAAGCACGCCGGCGACGAGGUCGGCGCACAACACAACCACGGUGGACAGGGCGGACAGAACCACCGUGGCGGCCGCAACGAGCGGCGCGACUUUCACUCAGGCGGACGCGGCGGGCGAGGAGGCAACAACAACAAUAACAAUAACUUCCGCGGCGGCGGGCGCGGCGGACGUAACGGCGGCCAGCGAGGCAACGGCAAGGGCGGUCGUGGGGGACGCGGCGGCGGCGGCGGACACGGUUACCGUAGUUUGGAUGACGUGGAGCCUCGCAAUCAGCAGGGCGGGUAUGGAACGACGGUGGAGUACGACGAGCCAACUACCAGUCCCGGCUUCCAGCAGGGUCGGGCGGGAGGCGCGGCCUACAAUGGCGGCAACAAUGCGGACUUGCAGAACUACUACUAG